CAGAAGAUGCGGAGAGCUUGGACGGAGUCCGCAGGGUCUGCUGCGUGCAUGUGCUGUCGGGUGUUUCCCUUUCUUCGCUCGUUUUUGAUUCCGGUCCCAAGAACCGCUUGAUUUCUAGUCUUUUUGGCUGCGGGUAUCCCGCCAGGGCUCUCGCUCUCUGCGCACAUGUUCCUAGGGCGCCAUCUCUUUGCAAAAAGCCUCCGUCCUCUCGCAGGUCUCCCAGAGGCUGCUCCGGGGCGUGUGAACAUCGCAGGCUGCAGCGCGAUCCAACCUGCGGAGCCCAGCAUGCGUCCCAGCCCCCGCGCGUCCCCGGGCCACCGCUCCUGGUAGAGGAGCUCUCGGGCUCCGCAGCCGGGCAGCGCUUUUUGCUCGAGGUCACUUGCCCUGGCUCAGCGUGGCCCCAGCUUUCCGGGAGGAAAGGACGUGAACUUAACUUUUGCAGAGGUUUUAGGACCCGGAAGAUACAAUGUUCACUAAACUCUUCCAGCAGUGGAGUUUCGCAGUGUUCCUGCUGAGUUACUCCGUGCCCUCCUGCGGGAGAUCAGUGGAGGGGAUCAGCCGCCGACUCAAACGGGCUGUAUCAGAGCACCAGCUACUGCAUGACAAGGGCAAGUCAAUCCAAGAUCUACGAAGAAGAAUAUUCCUUCAAAAUUUAAUUGAAGGUGUCAACACUGCAGAAAUCCGUGCAACGUCAGAGGUUUCACCUAACCCUAAGCCCGCUACAAACACGAAGAACUACCCUGUCCGAUUUGGCAGUGAAGAUGAGGGCAGAUACCUAACUCAGGAGACAAACAAAUCACAGACCUACAAGGAACAACCCCUGAAGGUAUCGGGCAAGAAAAAGAAAGCAAAGCCUGGAAAACGUAAGGAACAAGAGAAGAAAAAGAGGCGAGCCCGCUCCGCUUGGCUAAAUUCUGACAUGUAUGGAAGCAGCAUGACCGAGAGCCCACUCUUGGACAACUCUGUUACUACACAUAAUCAUAUUUUAAGGAGGCGCUGAUAUUUUCAGCAAGACAUCUUUGGAAGACAUAUUGCAGUAUUCUGUAAUAGUGAACAUAUGGGAAGUAUUAAAAUAUUUAUUACCUGUAAAUAUUGUAAAUGCUCAGAAUAAAACUUUUUUCCCCCAUUGCUCUCUGAAACUGCACAUUUGGUUAUUGUGAUUUUUUUUUUUUUGGCUAAUGCUAAGACAAUUAUUAUUGUCACAUUUACCAUAAUUUAUUUUGUUGACUGGUGUAUUUAUUUUGUGAACGUAUCUUGGUGCUGCUGACUUUCUAUAUUUUUUUGUAACAUAAUGCACUUUAGAUAUACAUAUCGAGUACAUUGAUAACUGACAUAAAAUGUUCGUGUUUUGUGGUUGACUUCAAUGAAUGCCUAUACACAAUUGUUCAAACUGAUUUUCCUUUGUGCAUGUAUAAUAGCAGUAUUUUAAAAUUUGUAAAGAAUGUCUAAUAAAAUAUAAUCUAAUUAAACCAUGA